AUGAAAAAGGUUUACUGUUUUUUAUAUUUUUGCAACGGGUUUUUUAAUGGUACAACGUAUAACAGAAAAACGAUUUUCAACGUAAAUAUAAAAAGGGUUAAGGAUAUAGGAAAUAAGCAUACACAAAAGAAUAAUCACAAUUUUAGUCAUAACUUUAAUCACAAACUUUACAAUGCGGAUGAGAGUAAUUAUAGCCAAUUUGACAUAAAUCGCGACAAUGAAUAUAACGACAUUCUAAAUGAUAUAAUAUAUGAAUAUGAGAAAGAAAAAAAGGAAAAAAAUAAAGAAGGGGAGAACACAUCUCAAAUAACUGACAAAAGUAGAGAAGAAAAAAAUAAAGCCAACACAAAUAGUGAUACAUACAUACCGAAAAAUAUAGAACAACAUAAAUCCCAAGAUGACAAAGAUGACAAAGAUGAAAAGGAUGAAAAAGAUGGAGCACUAUGGGAAAAGGAAAUUAAACGAAUAAAUAAACUUAAAAAUAAUAAUUUGUUAAAUUUAUGUGACUUAAAUUAUGACCUGCUAAAACUAGUUGUCAAUACAUCAAAAGUAGAUGAAAAUAAUGAAGAUGAAAAUUAUAAUAAAAUAAGUUUAUUUUUAGAGUCACAAGUUAUGAAUAAAAAUAAAGGAGAACCAAAUAUGUGUAUUGAUGACAGUAUAGGUAGAUACUUUUUAAAUGCUGACGAUAAUUUUAUAGAAACCAUUUCAGAGAAAGAAUUGCAUUGUUUCAAAAAUAUAAUACAUAAAAAAAUUAUUUAUCUUAAAUAUCAGUAUUUAAAAAAGUAUAAAAGUGCUAUCGAUGAAGUAAAAAAAGUUAGCAAAACAAAAACCGAAGAAAUAAAUAAACAUGUGUCGCUAGUAUAUGAAGGAGAUGAAAAUGAGAAAAAUAAUGAAAGUGUCGAAAAUGAUGAAGGAAAAAAUAGCAUUCAUGUAAACUACUCUGAAGAAAAUGAAAUGGAAACAAAAACCCCAGAACUGUCUUUAGAAAAAAUCAAUGAAAUGAUAGAUCUUAAUCAAAAGCUUUCUAAAUUGCAAAAAAAUUUUGAAGACUUAAAAAAGUUUGAUAUAUUUAAAGUAUUAAAUGAAAAUCGAUUUUUAAAUAAUUUAAAAAUAAAAAAUUUUCAAUUUGUUGACUAUCCUUGUGCUUCUUUAAAGGAAGACAUGGAUCAGUUCCUAAAAAAUGUGAAAAUGAAAAAAAAUGAAAAUGUAGAAAGUGAAAUGGAAAAUUACUGCUACUUGAGUGUCCCUAAAAUGAAUGAUAUGCAUUUUUUAAAUAACGAUAAAAAAACAAUAAUAAUAAAUGUACCUACUGAAGAAAAAAAAGAAAAAAAAACAUUAAAACCUGUGAAGGAAUUAAAUAUUGAAACAGAUAAAGCAAUACUAUUACUAAGUCAGAAUGAUAAAAAUUUGAAUGUUAGUGUUCGAAAUAUUUGCGAUAAAAUUGGGUAUCUAACACAAGGGUUGUGUAUAUAUCCUCGAUUGCACAGUGAAAUAAACGAUCACGCAUUUGAUAAUAAUAAUGAUGAGAGACAUUUGAAAAAUGAACAACUCAUAAAGAGACUACUAAUAUUAUUAAUCUUUUAUUUUAAGAUAAAAAAUGUUUAUGUUAUAUGUAUGGAUGAUAUAAGUUCAAAAAUUUUUUAUAAUUUUAUCAAAAAUAAUAAUAAUAUUUUUAAGGACUUUUACACAUGGGAUAUAAAAGAAGGAAAGGAUGGAGAAGCUGAUCCAAACUUAGAAAAAAGAGAAUAUGUAGAUCUUGAUGAGAUGACAUUUUCUCAAUUUUUCAACAGAAAUUUUGUACCUCUAUAUACAAUAGAAUCAAUAAUAAAAAACUAUGUGUUUUUAAUGAAUAAAGAUGAAGAAUUUUAUGAUAUUUCUUUUUUUAAAAGAUCUUGUUUAUUUAUGUUUUUAAAUAAAAAUUUAAACAAACAAAGUCAUGUUUUUUUUUCGAAAGUUCAACAUUUUUUUUAUUACAAAAAAUUUGAUUACCCAUAUAUAUAUAAUAUUGAUAAUAAAUAUUCAGUAAGCACUUUAAAAAGUUUUAACGAAAUUAUUUUAUAUCUAACCACCUGGAUUGAUAUAUUUAAUACUGGUGAGUCAGAGAAUUUUAAUUCAGGUGAUAGACUUAACGAAGAUGAGCAAGAGCAGGAAGAAGAACAAGGGCAAGACCAUUUAGAACCGGCUAUAAAUAGUGGACCUACCAAAAGUGAUGACGACAUAAGUGAAAACUACGACCCAAACCGAGUUGAUGAAACAGAACAAAGAUAUAACGAUGAAGAUGAGACUUCUAUGGAAGAUGAAUAUUCAGAGUUUGAUGAGUCAGGCGAUGCUGACGAAAGGGAAUGCAGUGGUGGAUAUGGUGACAACCCAUAA